UGCUUUAAAUUCAUUUUAAAUAUCCGUUUACAUGGUCGAAUACCGGCUAUCUGCACGAGAACUCAACUCAGUACAUUUGUCAGAUGAAUUUCUGCUAACGUUAGCUAGGACGCUGGAUCGCUGCAUCGGCAUCCUUGGUCGGCUGAAAUUGCAUUCAAGCAUUUCUCACUACAGUGAGAGCUAUCUGUAGCAAGGCCACGUUAUGUAGCUGUUCCUAUGCAUCUAGCCAAAGAGCUCGUCGGUAUCUCGAAUGAUCUUGAAUGAACGCUUGCUACCAUCAAUCGUACAUUUAAAAAUACAGUAGAAAUAAUUUCAACCGCCCCCACCUCUUGUCUGAAAAAAAGGUUGGAGAUAUAGGCCUACGAUUGUGGACUAAAAGAAGAACUAACCAUGGUGUGUGCCCCAGAGAGGAAUUGACAGUCCUUUGAAUAAGACAUUUGUAUUCAAUCUGGAGUCCUCCGCCGUGAACCGCUCUCCCUCCCUGUCUUCUCCCCCUACUGCAGCCAUGCAGACCAACCCGGUACUGGUGGAGUCUGCAGUGGUUUUCUCUGUGGUGAUGUGUGUCCACAUGGCCGUGUGGAACCAGCACUCCUGGUGCUGCGUGGCCCUGGCCAUCCAGGCCUUCUACGUGCAACACAAGUGGGACCGCCUGCUCCGUAAUGGCAACGCCGUCUUCCAGUGGCGCCUGUCAGCCAACAGCGGCAUCGUCCCAGCCGUCAUGGUGAUGCCACUGCUGGGCGUGACGCUGCGGGAGAAGUGCGCCGCCUCGGGGAACGUCUACUUUGAGCGUUUCUCCAUGGUGGUCACGGUGACGGGCAUGAUGCUGGCACUGUUCCUGUCGCUCCUCGCGCUGGGCAUCACACGGCCCGUGCCCACCAACACGUGUGUGAUCGCAGGUGUGGCAAGCAGCGCCAUCCUGUACACGGUGAAGCAGACCUUGACGGUGUCGGAAGUGAUCGAGGUGCUGGAGGUGCUGCUGAUCUUUGUCUACCUCAGUCUGAUCGUGCUCUACCUGCUGCCGCGCUGCUUCACGCCUGGCGAGGCCCUCCUCAUCGUUGGGGGCAUCAGCUUCAUCGUCAACCAGCUCAUCAAGCGCUCACUCAACCUGGCUGAGGUCAAAGGGGAACCGGUCCACUACUUCCUGCCCGUGGUGGUGGUAGGAUCUCUUCUCCUAGGGGUGUUCUUCGCCCUGCUCUUCUGCUUCAUGGAGUCUGAGACCUGGGUGUCGUCGCUCUUCUUCCACAUGAUGACGGCCGUGCUGGGCUUGGGGAUCCUCAUGCCCUGGCUCUCCCUCCUCAUCCGCCGCCACCCCAUCAUGUGGCUGCUGGACUUUGUGACUCUGAACGACAAGCGGCUGUGCCUGCUGGGCUACUGGGUGCUGCUGGCCACGCUGGCCAUCCUGGUGGUGCUGCAUCAGAACUACCAGCGCCAGUCAGGCUCCAAGAAGCACCAGGCCUCUACGGUAGUCAGAAAGUACUUCCACCUCAUUGUAGUAGCCACCUUCGUCCCGGGCCUGGUGUAUGACCGCCAGCUCCUCCACGUGGCGUCCGUGGGCUGCCUGGGGGCCUUCCUGCUCCUGGAGUACGUGCGCUACUUCCGCAUCCGCCCAUUGGGUCAACUCCUUCGUCAGUUACUCACCCUGUUCCUGGACGAGCGUGACUCUGGACCUCUCAUCCUCACCCACAUCUACCUCCUCCUGGGCAUGUCCCUGCCUAUCUGGCUGUUCCCAGGGCCCUGCGCCCCCAAAGGCAUCCUGCCAGGGGCGGGGGGCCUGGUACCCUACGCCGGGGUGCUGGCGGUGGGUGUGGGGGACACGGUGGCGUCGGUGUUCGGCAGCAGCAUGGGGGAGAUACGCUGGCCGGGCACCAAGAAGACGGUGGAGGGCACGGCCACGUCAGUGUUUGCCCAGAUCAUCGCUGUGGCCAUCUUCCUCAUCUUCGACCCCACCAUCAACCUGAACUCCACCUACUCGUGGAUCGUGGGCUCCAUCACCAUGGUAGCCAUGCUGGAGGCCUACACCUCGCAGAUAGACAACCUGCUGCUGCCGCUCUACCUCUUCAUCCUGCUGCUGCUCUGAUGACCCCCGUGGAGCACCGCACACAGGCCGUGUUUGAGAUCGGCUACCUUGCAGUCGGCGGCAGCAGAUUGACAGAUCUACAAAUCAUAGUGAGUAUCUGUUUUGGAUGCAAGGUGAUUUGUAGAUCAGUCAGUCUUCUCAGUCUGUGAUCAGCGGCUGAGCAGAUGCACUUAAACACAGCCACACGGUGAUCUCUUGACCAGAGGUCAGAGUGGAAAGGCUAACCAAUGUAAUUGCUGAAUUUUAAAGUCGUCUAAGGGAAUCUAUGGAAACCUCAUUGGAUGACUGUUGAGGAUUUUUUGUUUUGUUGCUUUGUGAGAGUAAUAGUUAUGAUCACUUAUAUUGAUGCUGCAUUGAUAAUCUCUCCACUAACAAGGUCGUGUGUGGGAAAAUCAAUAUGGCUGGCACAAAAGAAGGAAGAACUACAAUAUGAUAGCACUGCUAGCUAGGGAAUGAGCUUGCAUACAUUAUGAGUAAUACAGUGAGGGGAAAAAAGUAUUUGAUCCCCUGCUGAUUUUGUACGUUUGCCCACUGACAGACAUGAUCAGUCU